AUGGGCUCUUCGCCGGGCCCACCCGAUCAAGAGCCAAAAGUUGGCACCAAACACGGCAUCUGGAUACAUAUGUACCCCGCGAGGAGGGUCAACGGACCCGUAGGAAUACAAUUUCAUGCCUACGACUCCGAAGAUAAACAUGUUGGCUGGCAUGAUGAGAACAACAUUGGCAAGGUCGUGACCGGGUGCGCAUCCGCAUUCGCAUUCCCGGCCAAGGCCAGUCUGGGCAGAUGGACCAAGGACAAGCUCGUCGCGCUUGCUAAAUGGUAUUUCCUACGAACGCUGGUGGAAUAUACCACGGAGUCGGACAAGAAGAAGUUACAAUUUGGGAUGCCUAUAACUCCCAGUUUCAAGGACGAUCUCAAGGCAGUCUGCCGUGAGUUCGAAGAGCAGGCAACCAGGUCGCAGACGAGCGUCACGCCCGUAGCUACAACAGUAGGGAAGGUCGACAGUCAGGAAAGCGAUAUCAGCGACCUUUCGAGUGUCAGUGUGAAAGAAGACGACUCCGAGCCGGCACACAGCAUUGCGGUCGAAGUAAAUCGCUUGAUGUCCAACGAAGCAGGACCCCGACCUACCCCAGACGCGAAUCCGGCUUCUACAGAGCACGUGGCGGAAACUCUGAUCGAGCUACAAAAGAGGGAGAAAGAUGUUGUCGAUGACAUUACAAAGACGGAAGAGGAGAUCGAGCGGCUGCAGCAAAUUCUCCGGGAGAGGAAGUCAAACAAACAGCAGCUUGAGAGGCAGAAAACGGAUCUAUUCAAAGGCUUGAGCGUUGAGGCAGCAUUCGACUUGGGACAGCAGGUCGAGCGCCAUAAAUUCUACUCAACUUACUUGAACUCCUUGCAGCACUCAACAAUGUCCACUCCACAAUCGCGACUCCAGACGCCAGCUGGCGCGCCUCGGGCUCCCAAAGAUAACCGCUCCUUCACUAACCUGCGUAUGGAGCUUGGUCACAACGGAGAGCUUCUCAAGUAUCUCCCGUACAAUCGCACGACCUUCCAGGCUCAGUCAGAGCUGCCAGGUGCGGCGCCAGAGCGAAUUCUGUAUGGCGAUAUGAUGGAGGAGAAGGACCAGUUGUGGAUCUAUUGGACACUCUUGGGAGGUGCCAACUACACCAACAAAGGACCUCAUGGAUCGGCCAAGAUGAUUACGUUUCAAACGCUGAAAGGCGCACAAAACGGCGAUGCUCCGAUACGGCCACAGAACGUCCAGAAGAUUGCUCUUGCUUCCGCCCCUUUCAAGUUGGCUGGCGACGCGUUCCAAAUAAUGGCGAUUGCGGCCUAUUUCUUCGUGAGGCGCGGAGUUGAUGAGAAGCUCAAGACCCCCAUCUCGCUCAAGAACUACAAAUUAGAACUUGUGAGGGCUUGCAAGAUUUACAAGGCAGUGUACGAGCAAGCGCAGGCGGCGAAGAACCCUGCACAAUCUCAGGCAGUAGCUACAGCUGGUACAGUGGGGAAGGCGGCGUCGCGCGAAGUCUCUGGCAGCAUUGGACAAACACGCAAGCGUGCGCGGAGCCCAGCAGCAUACCCCAGCUACCAACAGUCACUAGCCCGCUACCCUUCCACUCCUACGCCAGACUACAUCUACCAGGCGGAUUCCGACAGCCUCGAAUACCCAGAGCGAGAGGUCAUGGUCGACAAAUACGUCGCGCUCCAGGCUCAAGAAGAAGAUCUCGAUCGCCGCAUCAACGACGCUGAGGGAGAGCGCUCCGAAAUUGCUGCUCAGAUCGUCGGCUUCCAGGCGCGUCUUCGGCAGGCGGAGAACAACAAGGCAGCACUGAUGGAAGAGAAGGACGAUAUCAAGACGGAGAAGAAGGACGUGCAGAGCUCGUUGAAUGGAGACGAACAGUUGGAGUUUGGCUUUGAAGCUGGUCGGAGGAUGGAGAGCAAGAGGCUCAAGCGAGGUUAG